AUGGACCUUCAAAUGUUGUCCAACCACGCUCGAACAUUGACCACAAAAGCGCAGGAGCAGAUAUACACUACGUAUAUCGAAGCUAUCGACGAUCGCACCCUAAAGCGCAGAUUUGAAGGUGUACAAAUAUUCUACCUCCCGCGCAGCGCUUUGAGCACUCUCACCAAGCGUCAAUACAUCACCGCAUUCAUAAAGGGGGCCGAGUACCCAAAGGAAGGGAUGUUCCAUGUUCAUGAUGCCCCAGGGCUCGCGGAAGUUAUCGAAAAAAGAGGCAAGAAACUAUUCCUACUCACCGUCAAGCUGGGACUUAGUCUGGAGUUCCUCUCCGUACUCUUGGAUCAUGUGGGCGAUGAUGACCUCCCUAUGGAACGGAAGAAAUACGCCAUGAUUCCUAAGGGGCCACAUCGGAUGAGCAUGCUCAAGCUUCUCAACAACCAAGCCCUGGUGUGUGCGCCGGUGCUUGAUACAUGCAAAUUUGAUCAAGUGCUUCCGUAUCUGUCUUGCUUCCCAUUGGAAGUGGUCGAUGCCGUCCGGGAACCCGAUGUGUACAACGUGGCGUUACACAAGGAACAUCUUAUUUACGAGAAAGAAGAAGAGAAACCGUUGAAGGCGUGGAGAAUGCAGGAUUUCGGAAGUGAAGAAACGGCAGAUGCGGCGAAGUCACGGUUUCAAUGGGGCUUUACAUGUGAGGGGAGGUGGUAUUUCUUCCGCGAGAUGCCGAACCACGACGUCGAUGACGAUGAUGAAGAUUAUCGGGAAGGGGGCGAGGGCGCCACACACGAGGUCAUAGAUGUACCGGACGUGAAGAACUUGCCAGGAUAUGUUUUUCGCUGGCAGUGA